GUCUAUGCCUUGAAGAACUUUGAAUUCCAGACCAGAUCACUUUAUUUGAGAGUUCAUCUCAAGGAUAUAGCGUGCUUAUUUGAGUUAACUCUUUAUAUGCUUUUUACAGUAGUGAAAAACAACACAGUAGCUCUUGUGUACUGCUGUGUAGAGACUCUUGACUUUCCAAAGUUUUAAAAGGUCUUUUUUUGAAAUCUCCAUUAGACCAAGCUCAUUGGCUGGAAAAGACACACGCAUGCACACAAAAACGCACACCAUCCAGCAACAGAUAGCUUGGCGAAGUGUUGGAGUGUAGACCAGUGCAAGGCUAGCUACUGACACAAAGAGAGGACUUUACUGUGACUGUGGGAGUGGUUCAAGCUGUCACUCCCAUCUGUCCCAUCUUAAAACAAUAGCAAGCAAGAGAGAGAUCUGUUACAGUAGCUAACCAGAAAAAUGUCUGACAGAAUGAUUGAUUUGGAAGAGACUGCAACCCACACAGGUCCAAAAGGAGUCAUCAAUGACUGGAGGAGGUUUAAGUUGGAAAGUAUGGACCAGGAAAACCUGCCUGCUGCAAAAAAGGAGAUACUGAGACAAAUGUCAUCUCCAAGUGGGCCAAAAGAUGACUCCAGAGCAAACCUUAACCGCAAGAUGAGUGUCCAAGAGUAUGAACUGCUUAAGGAGGAGGAUGAGGUAUGUCUAAAGAAAUACAGGAAGCGGUGCAUGCAGGAGAUGCAUGAUAAACUCAGCUUUGGGCCCAAGUUUGAAGGUGUACAUGACCUGGACAGCGGCGAGGCCUUCCUAGAAGUCAUAGAGAAGGAGCAUUACAGCACAGUGGUGGUUGUCCACAUCUACAAGAUUGGGGUCAAAGGUUGUGAGGAGCUCAACAACUGCCUUGACUGCCUGGCCACUGAGUACCCCACCGUAAAGUUCUGCAGGAUUGAUGCUGUCGCAUCCGGUGCUUCUGAGCGGUUCUCAGAUGAGGUUUUGCCUACGCUGCUGGUGUACAAGGCCGGAGAACUACUGGGGAACUUCCUGGCCUGCACACAGCACCUAAACGAGGAGUUCUUUGCCACUGAUGUGGAGGCCUUCCUCAACAGCUAUGGCCUCCUGCCUGAAAAAGAGCUUGCUGCUUUGGAAGAUGAAGAAGACAAUGAUGUAGAGUGAACAAAGAAUUUACUACUGAAGAAGAUGGGAAGCUGUCUGAGAGGGCUGAAUAGAGAGCUAUGAAAGACAAUUUAAGACAUAAGAUAAGUUUUUCUUUUUGGCUACAGCAAAUAGAAACAUAACAUCUCCACUAGUUCACUAGUGUUCAUGAGUAAUGUUCUCUAAAGGAGAAAUUUUACAUCCAGUUGAAAAAAAAUUUGAUUUUACAAAUAUGGGUGAGAGUGAUAUAAUGUUUAAGAUAUCAUAAAUCCCUUCAACAACACCUAAACAAAAGCCAAAAUCAGAUAACUGUAAUUUAAAAUAAUUGCACUGUUUUAUUUUGUAAUGAUAGAAAAUAUUACAUAUUUUAAUUGUAAAAAUGUAUUAAUUCAUUAAUUCUUUGUAGCAUUAGAUAAGUUCCAUCUGUAAACAAGUUAUUUAUAAAUCCAGGGUUUGUACAAGUAACAUCCUCAAAUGUGAUACAUUUUUUAAACACCGAUAAGGUCUCUGUGGUUUUCUUUGCCAAAAUUGAAAAAAACUUUAAAGAGAUAAACAGAACAGGAACUCUUGAGAGGCCAGAGCACUAUGUGGAAACAUUUUUGUGUAAACAUGUUUUCCAAAUAUCCAGUGCAAAAUUAUCUGCCCUUGCUUCGUCAACUAGUGUGGUGGGAGGUUGUGUCUGGAAAAAAAACAUCCAUAAGCCUCUAGCAUUUUACCAUCAUCAAUGAAAUAUCAUGAGUGAGGGGUUAAUCCAUUUUUGUGCAUUUUAUGUUGUGAAAGUGGAAGUAAGUCAUGGAAAUAAACAAAGAGAAGAACCAUGUUCAUCAUCAUCAUCAUCAUCAUCAUCGUCAUCAUCGUCAUCAUCAUCAUCAUCGUCAUAUUUUAUUUGGAUUUGGUUACUAUUUUAAACUGUGUACUGGAGUAUGAUACAACAUAGCCUAUAAUAUACAUGUUGUUCAGAAUA